AUGAAUCCGCCCCCGGAUCCGCCCCCGCUUGACCUGAGCAAAAACACCCGCUUCACACUCGCCAACCUCCGCCACAAGACCAAUACGAACGGGUGUUACCCAUACUCGGGAUAUAUCGAAUACCAUCCAAAUCUUCUUGAUUCUCAGUUCUGGCUUACAGAUGGCUCUAUUUCCGAACGAAAGCGCCUUGGAUACGCUGUUCAGGCAGACAUCACGGUGCUUGAAGGAAAACGACUCAAGGGCACGUUACCGGAAUACGACGAUUACUGGAACGAGGAGCUGUUAAACCACCUUCUGGGUGCUGGAGGCCGCAUCCGCAAUAUUGUGGCAAUGGAUCUUGGUAGCCUUUGCUGCAGCGAAGAAGGAUCAGAGUACGAAAGUGUAGCGCGGGCACAUAUGUUCGUUCGCAGUGUCUUCAAAGUAUUGUCAGACGCGGAGGACGAAUUCGUAAAGACACAAAGUCCCCGUCCUAAUGCACCGCCAGCAGGGUUCAGACUUAUCUUCGAAGAUUGUCACUACAGACAGGAAGAUUACAACUUCCUGGUAAACACAUUCCUUAAUGACCCCAAAGAAAGAUGGAUUGAUUGGAACCGUAUCAAGCGAGUGGUGAACAACAAUGGGUCAGGUUGGGAUGGCACUCUAGGGACGAACGGAGACUACAUGUUCAUCACCUUCAAUCCAAAGAAUCCCAUCCGACAGGUUCUGGCCUCCCUCCUCUAUACCGCCGAACAUUUGAAUGUAAAGACAGUCCCCGAAGAUAAGUUUAUCAUGCCUCGCGCAAUCAUCUGUCGAAAGGCAGAGGAGGAAGGCGAACCCAAAGACAAAACGGAUGCUCGUGUCGAGGACUGGUUCAAGAGAUUCUAUGAAAACGUUCAUGAGUUUAAGGAGAACGACAAUGAUAAGCCAUUCGGAGGAGAUAUCUGUCUUUACAUCCUAAAACCGGAGUUUAGACGUACUGGCUCUCUGACUCAGGGUGGUGGACAAAGCUCGGCUUAG